AUGGCUUGGCUUCCAGCAGCAGCAGCUCUGCUGUACAUCAUCCUUUCUCCUUUCAUCUACGUGAUAUCCUGGGGUUUUGACCUGCUUCAUCUACUGAUUACGCCAUUUGUGAAGCUGGGACUUGUUAUAUUUCACACAACUCUUUUCCCCUUCAAAAUACUUGCUAAAUUUGAGGCUCUCUUUAUAUUCCUGGCAGUCGCUCUACUGAUCGGCGCAACGCUGGGGCUCGUGCUAUAUGUCAUUUGCACUUCCCUCGUGGAUUUUUUGCUAUAUUCCUUGGGAUUCAGUAGUGGUCCACACCAAAUAGACCACCAGCCAAGAGCCAAGGGUCAACUGCAUUAUUCAGCCAAAGAACUGAAGAAAGAACCUUCACUCGGCGAUGAUAACUCGUUCAAUGACUAUUUUGAAGGCUGGAACGGUGGCAAGGAGAUGAAACCACUCCGUGAUGGUGAACCUUUGUUCUCCUCUACUAUUCUGGAGGAGGACGAAUACAGCCAAAGUCAGGAAUCUGGCGCGUGA